AUGCCCAUGACCGAAACAAGCCCAGAAAAUGCAGACCUAGCUCAGCAAGAAGUGACGCUUAAGAAAAGUGACAGCGCAAAUGGCGCAAAUGGACACGACAUUGAAGUGACGAAGGAUAACCAUGUCAAAAGUAAUGGUGAAUCAACAGAGAAUAAAGAAACCUCCACGAAACCACAAAGAAAAAGAUUAACCCUUCAAGAAAGAUUGGCACAAGCUGCAAAGGGGAAAAAGAAGCCAGGAGCGAAAUCGGGGCUUGAAAGUGAACAGACGCGAUCACAAGAUCAAACACCUUCGCCUGUAAUAUCGCCUCAAGCUACAGGCAGCCAAGAAGCUGGCAUCAAUGAGAUCGCACACAAGGCGGAAAUUGAAGCGCUAAGACAGGAAAUUGCAAGUCUCAAACAAUCAAAACCGGAUCCAUUCAACAAAGAACGUAGUGGAUUGUUGGAGAAAAUCAAGACUAAGGAUGAGACGAUUGCUCAAUUGCUAAAAGAAGGUGAGGCAUUGUCGCUCAAAGAGCUCAAAUUGAAUGAAAGUAUAAAAAAGCUCAAGAUAGCUAAUCAAACUUUGGAAGAGGAUAUGGCGGAAUUUGCUAAAAAGCACGAUACGGCGCUAGUGUCUUCCCAGGAGCUUCAGGAUUUUUUGAAAUCGAAGAAGCUUAAAAGCGUGGAUCAGCUCAUCAGUAAGUUUUCAGAACUAGAUCAAGAACUAAAUGAAAAAAGAGGUGAAGUUGAGAACUUGAAGCAAUGGGAGUCGAAGUACAUUGAGUUGUCGAAACAACAUCAAGAGCUCACAUCAACAAGAAAAGAUUUGACUAAGGAGGUAAACUCCGUCAAGGUGGAGCAUGAAAUGGCCAAGAAACAAUUUGAGCUAGAUCUUGAAUCGAAACAGGAGAUAAUUGCAUCACAAAAGGAUGAGCUAUCCAAGGCUAAACAAAACUACUCCCACGAGAUUGCCCGAUUAGAAGAAAAAAUUGAGUCACUACGAUUAAACUAUGAAGCUCCCGCGGUGCCACAUACCGAUGAUAAGAUUGAUUUUGACGAUUACAAAAAAUUAUCAGAUGCUCAUCAUGUGUUGCAAAGACUGUAUUUGUCAUCUCAAGAAAACUGGAAAUUACUUGAAUCCAAUCUUUCGCUAAAAGUGGACACAUUGACGUCCACAUUGGAUGCUGCCAAAAGGGCAAAACACAAGUUGGGCAAUGAUUUGAUCAAAGCCAAUGCAGCUUUGCAAUCGCAAUCGAAUGAGAUCAAGAGUUUGCAAGCUGAAAAGAAAACAUUGCAGGAGCAAAUCAAUGAAUUACAAUUAUCUGUGAAAUUAAAAGAUGACGAUAUGCAUGUCAUAAAUGAGAAACUAGAGAGAUUGCAAGCCGUAUACACACAGGAGAGAACUAAUCUCAACAUCAAGAUUACUAGCCUAAAUGAAACUAUUGAGUCCCUCAAAGAGCAACAAAGAGAACAGGAGUCGGGUACCAAAUUGAACCGAGACAAUUCCAUUGGGUCGGACUUAAGCUGGAACGAAAUUCGACUUGGUGAGUCAUCCAAUACCCCUGGACUAAAUAAAGGGUUUGGCAUGUUUCUGAAUCGGUCUCUGGCAUCAUUUACUGAAAUUGGCGAGGGGGAAUGUGAAGGUGAUGCCGACCUUCUGGAACGCGAGUCAUAUCUAACACCCAGCUUCGCCUAUAAUGCAAAUGGCGUCAAUGGAAGUACAAGUGGCUUAGGUGUGCCAACGUCGAUAAAUACGGGGAACAAUUUACAAUUGAUCCACAAAAUGAGUUCGAAUAUUAGGCGAUUGGAAAUUGAAUUAAACACAUUGAAGGAUGAGUAUGAGAAAUUGUUGGAUGUCAAAGAAGCAAGGGAGCAAGAGUUGCUCGAAUCCAUUAAAGCUAAUGAACAAGUGCACGAAUUGAAAUUAAAAGUUGAAGAACUAGAGCGAGAAAUUGAGGAGAAAGAGGCGAAAGAACAAACUAUGUUGGAGUUGAUUGGUGAAAAAUCGGAACAGGUGGAAGAGUUGAAAGCGGAUGUUGUCGACUUGAAGGAUUUGUGUCGAAGUCAAGUACAACAGAUGGUGGAGAUGAAGGGGUUGUAG